UGUAAACUUCUGAAUCCACUUGAUCUGGGAAGAAUUUAUCGAACAUUUCUCACGAUUUGACCAUAUUUGAGUCGAAUUACAAAUAUCCAUUGUUUCUAAUGUAAAAUGGAGUUGCUGCGAGCUGUUAUUUCACGUUAGCGGGUUUCGGAAUGAAGGAUUUCACGAGCAAACCCGUGCCUUUCAUCCGCCUUGAUAGAUGUCUGUUGUUUUACCCGGCUGUUUGAAGAUUUCUUGAUCUAAAAUAUGGAGGCCGAUAGUAGCGAAUGUAACAUAAAAGUUGUGUGCCGGUUUCGGCCUCAAUCACAAUCCGAAGUUAACAGUGGUGGAUUAGUAAUGACAAAAUAUCCAGCGAAAAGUAACGAUACUACAGUAUUUGGGAAUCGUGUGUAUACAUUUGAUCAUGUGUUCAGACCAGCAGCUACUCAGGAAGAGGUUUAUAUGCUCUCAGCAAAGCCGAUUGUGAAAGAUGUGCUAGGAGGUUAUAAUGGCACAAUAUUUGCUUAUGGUCAGACAUCCAGUGGAAAAACACAUACUAUGGAAGGUAUCCUUGGAGAUGAAGACAUGCAAGGAAUAAUUCCAAGAAUUGUUGAUGAUAUUUUUAAUUACAUUUAUGAUAUGGAUGAAAAUUUGGAAUUUCACAUUAAGGUAUCCUAUUUUGAAAUAUAUUUGGACAAGAUAAGAGAUCUGUUAGAUGUUUCAAAGACAAGUCUUGCUGUACAUGAAGACAAAAACAGAGUCCCAUAUGUGAAGGGGGCAACAGAGCGUUUUGUUUCCAGUCCUGAAGAAGUUAUGGAUGUUAUGGAAGAGGGAAAAGCAAACCGACAUGUUGCUGUCACAAAUAUGAAUGAGCACAGUUCAAGGAGUCAUAGUAUAUUUUUAUUGCAUAUAAAGCAAGAAAAUACCGAAACAAACAAGAAAUUAAGUGGAAAACUGUACCUGGUUGAUUUAGCAGGAUCGGAAAAGGUCAGCAAAACUGGCGCUGAAGGUGACGUUUUAGAAGAGGCGAAAAACAUCAAUAAAUCAUUAUCUGCGCUUGGCAACGUUAUCUCUGCACUUGCUGAGGGGACGAAAAGCCAUGUUCCAUACAGAGACAGUAAAAUGACGAGAAUUCUUCAGGAAAGUUUGGGUGGUAAUUCCCGCACCACAAUCAUCAUAUGUUGUUCUCCGUCAACAUUUAAUGAGUUUGAAACAAGAUCUACGCUGAUGUUUGGUCAAAGGGCGAAAACAAUUAAAAAUACAGUAGUUGUAAAUGAAGAAUUAACAGCUGAAGAAUGGAAGAGAAGGUAUGAGAAGGAAAAAGAGAGAAAUGGAAAGCUCAAGUCGACGUUGCAUCGUUUUGAGGCUGAAUUAAAUCGCUGGAGAAGUGGCGAUGCCGUACCAACAGACGAGCAGGUUACCUCGAAAGAUCAACAUAGGCAAUCUGGUGUUUUCGAUAAUUCAUCUAUGAUUGGUUCCCCAGCCUCAGCAGGCAGUGGCUCACCAGUCGCUGCAUCUUUGUCCAACGAUGAAAGAAAGAAGUUUGAUGAUGAAAGAGUUAAACUUUUUGUACAGCUUGAUGAAAAGGAUGACGAAAUUCAAACGCAGGCUUCGGAAAUUGCUCGCCUGAAAGAGCAACUUCAGGAUCAAGAUGAGAAAAUGUCAACUACGAAGUUUGAUUCUGAUUCACUGCAGUCUCAGAUAUCUUUGUUGCAAAGUGAAAACGAGAAGUCCAAAGAUGAAGUGAAAGAAGUAUUACAAGCUUUAGAAGAACUCGCAAUGAAUUACGACCAGAAAUUACAGGAAGUAGACAACAAAAAUAAAGAAAAUGAUAAACUUCAAGAGGACUUGUCCUCGAAGCAGAAAUUGCUUGAUCAAGUAAGCAAGAGUUAUGAGGAAACGAAGGAUGUCAAUGCAGUGUUAAGAAGACGUUUGGCUGAGAUGAUGAACAGCCUUCUGAACGACUUGGGAGAUAUCGGAACAGCUGUUGGUGGAAAUGCUGCUGAGAUUAAGAAACCAAUUGUAGAUGCUUCUGGUAAAUUAGACGAGGACUUCACGAUUGCAAGAUUGUACAUCAGUAAAAUAAAAACCGAAGUAAAGUCGUUGUCCUCGCGAUUGCACACGAUGGAAGGAGAAGAGGUGCAGAUAAAAUCUAAUCUUGAAAAAUCGAACAAAGAUCUUAUGGCUUCACAACUUCUCAUAUCUCAGCACGAGGCCAAAAUGAAAACGUUGCAUGCAAGUAUGAAAGAAAUGGAAGGAAAGAAACGUGUUCUAGAAGAAGCAGUUGACGCUCUUAAUGAACAAAUGAGCAAAGUCAGAACUGAAGCUAACGUUCAAGCUCUCGCUCUUAAAGACAAGGAACAGGAGCAUGCUGGCUUGCUUGAAUCGGCCUCAGAAAUGAAGGUUGCCUUGGAAAAAGAGAUGGAAGUUCAUCGUGAGUCACAACAAAAACAAAUUGCUAAACUGCGUGAUGAAAUUCAAGCAAAUGAAGCUUUAGUCGCAGAGUUGAAGGAAGCAAACCAAAGACAAACCCUUGCAGAAGAACAAUUACGGGUCGAGAACGAGAGGAUUAAGAAGGAAUUACAAGACAAGACGAAGAAGAUUAGCGAAUUAAAUGUUGAAUCAGACAAGAGAGAACAAGCAAAAGCAGAUUUACGAGGAUUGGAGGAAACUGUCGCCAAAGAAUUAGCAACUCUCUACCGAUUACGACAGCUGUUCGUCAAGGAUUUGCAAGCCCGCCUGAAGCCUCACAGUAGCGAGGGUGACACAGAAGACGAUACCAGCAGUCACGCACAAAAACAAAAGAUUGCUUUUUUAGAAAAUAAUUUAGAUCAACUGACUAAAGUUCACAAGCAGUUGGUCCGUGAUAAUGGUGAAUUAAGGUGUGAACUUCCAAAGUUGGAGAAACGUCUUCGUGCAACUCAAGAAAGAGUAAAAGCUUUAGAACAGGCUUUGAAGGAAGCCAAGGAAGGAGCACAGAAAGACAGAGCAAGAUACCAAAAGGAAAUGGAGAAAAUGAAAGAAACAAUGCGAAAUAAACAAGUUGCUGCAAGAAAAGGUGCCCAGGCACAUAUUGCUAAACCCAUACGUGCUGGUCACCAGCCCUCUAGUUCUCCAAUACGCAGUGGUGUUAACACUGUAGCCAGUGCUGUAUUAGGAGUGGGCAAGGUAAUAGCUGGAGCUGGUUCAAAGACUGUGGAAGAGCUUUCUUCUCAAGUAGCAAUGCCUGUCAUACGAGGUGGUAGUAAAACUGGCGAACCUGUGGUUACUUACAGCAAACGUAUCAGAAGUGCUGUCAGUAAGGAAACGUUGGCCACUCAUCCUAGAAUUAACUCAGGUAACGGUGAGCAUCUUCCUGUUGGCGUUCCCACGAAUUCCUCGCCAAUCAACGGCGAAGGUCGUGGUUGUGACGUCACUCCUCGAACGACAAGCCUUGAUCGGUUGAACUUUAUGUCAAAUGAAGAUCAUUCCCGUCAGAGUACUGAGGUGAAUCAUAGAUCUCCUUUAAAACCAACUGGAAAAGAAGCAGAGUUAGCAGCAGCGUUGAAGAAAAGUAGAAGACGUUCAGGAUCGUCUCCUGGAAGCGGAGGGCCCUGGGAAGUCCGAAAACCUGAUUCUUGAAGAUGAAAUAUGGCCGCCAUGUACUUCAUAGUUCGUGGUGCAAUGGAUCACUGGAAUUCUUCAAUACCAAGAUAAAACAAUGACAUGGAGAUGUUAUGUACAGAUCAACGCGUGUUUUAUCUACAAAAAAUAACUAAAAUAUGGUUUGGGGAGCACUAGAACUUUGAUGUCUGAUGUUCGUAAUGUUUUACUCUAUUUAAUUUUGGAAAUGAAUUCGUUCGCUAGUUCGUGUUUGUGGAGGAUAGUCUUUAUUGUGCGGUUAACGAUUCGAUGUGUCCAAAAACUAUUGUGUAACCAGCUUAGGGGAAUGUUGUUAGAACGUUUUACAAAGUGGUCGUCAGGGGUCACUUCAGGGGUAUUCCAGUAGGGGUGAAGAAUGUAUUCAUUUCCAAAAUAGGCGUAAAAAGUUAUAUAAUGAAUAAGAGAAGAAAAUAACAUUUAUUUAGCGAUAUAAUUGUUUUUGACAAUU